AUGCACAAGGUCGCCAACGCUCUGAAACAACAUCUCCAUCCCCAGCGCGAAACGCGCGCAGAGACACUUCCACCAGUCCAGGCUCUGCCAUCUACGUCGUUUACCGACGUCGAUCUGUACAGCUAUCGACAGCAGCGCGGAGUUAAUCUCGGCUCUUGGUUUGUUCUCGAGCGAUGGAUCGCAGAUGCGCCUUUCCGUUCCGCCGAUGGCCCCGCACAAAGCGAUCUCGACGUCGCGCGCGGGUCCCACGCCAAAGAGGUGCUCGAGCGGCAUUGGGACACCUGGAUUACCGAGGAGGACUGGGCGUGGAUUGCCGACAGAGGAUUUAAUACAGUCCGCUUGCCGAUUGGCUUCUAUCACAUAUGCGGCGUCGAUCAGACAGUCCUGCAGGGCACCGACUUCGCCCAGCUCGGCCACGUAUUCGACGGGGCCUGGAGCAGAAUAACAAAAGCCAUCGCUACCGCGCAUCGGUACGGUCUGGGGGUUCUCAUCGACCUACACGCUGCUCCGGGUAAACAAAAUGCCGACGCGCACUCUGGGUCGUCUUCGGAGCCAGCGUUCUUCACGAAUCCUCAUAACAUGCCUCACACGAUCCACGUCCUCUCCGUCCUGCUUUCCCAGCUCAUAGCAUUCACACGUUCACACAACCCUCCGCUGCCCAACGUCGUCGGCAUCGAGCUUCUCAACGAGCCGCAGCCCGGGCCGCAGAACGCUUCGCUCGAGCGAUGGUACCUCGACGCCUUCCGCGCGCUGCGUAGCAUUGACUCAAGUAUACCUCUGUGCAUCGGUGACGCCUGGAUGACGGAUCAAUACGUGGAGUUCCUUAGCAAGUCCGGAGUGCCGUUCGUCGUGCUUGACCAUCACCUGUAUCGCUGCUUCACUGAGCAAGACAUCUCUACACCUGUCUCGCAGCACGCGCGUGCCCUGUCCGACCCGAACGAAUGGGCACCCCAGAUGUUCGCGCGUGUCUCGCAGAAGCUCGAGGGUGCAGGUUGCGCUAUGAUAGUCGGCGAGUGGUCCUGCGGUCUCAAUCCUGGCUCUCUUCAAGGUAUAGGUGAUGAGGAUCACGCCAGACGCGAAUACGUGGAUGCUCAGCUGCAACUGUACGAUCGCUUUUGUGCGGGCUGGUUCUUCUGGACGUACAAGAAACAAUACGGAGACAAGGGCUGGUCGUUGAGAGAUGCCGUGGCCGCAAACGUGUUUCCGAGCUCGGUCGGGCUAAGAACGAACAGACCGGUUGUAGACGAUCCCGAACGCACCGCACGGAGAGAUCAGGCAAGAGACGUGGCUUUAGGCGAACACAGCUCCUUUUGGUCUCAGUUCCCAGGAAACUACGAGCACUGGCGGUUCGCGGACGGGUUCACAGAGGGCUGGGAAGAUGCGUGGCAUUUCUUCUUCAUCUCUUCCCAUACGCAGCGCGCCGGCUUCAUCUCCGAACUUGGCUUCAAGGGUCCGUGGGCGAAGCGACGAAGCCAGGAAUACAUCAGCAAGAAGGGUAGUGGGAACGUUUGGGAGUACGAACACGGCUUCUCUCAGGGCGUAUCAUCGGCUCGUGAAGACUUCGUGCGGACGUAUUGCUAG